UCUCGCGAAUUCAUUCAUCAGAAUAGUUUAUAUAGUUAGUUGCUUACAAACAUAAGAGCUUCUGUCAAAUUUCAAGUUCUAGUGAGAAACAUAUAAAAUAUAAUGAAACGUAUCAUUCUUGAUCAGAAGCAUCCUUAACCCCUUGAAUAUCAGAAGAUUGCAUCAAAUAUAUCAAGAGGGUAACCACUACAUUCAUAUUCAAUUUGGCAUCGAACAUAGAUUGAAAAGAGGUUGUCUGGUACUGUUAAAAAAGUUAACCAUGUCAUAUAUUAGCCAUGCAUAACAAUGUUGACCCAAGAAACAGUUAUAAAAUUUUGAAAUAAUAUUUCAUGAAAGCAAUUAGGUUUAUAUAUAUAUAUAUAAUUUUCAUUAUCUAAUAGAUACAUAUGUAUUGGAUAAUAAUCUGACUUUAAGUUCAAAAAAAAAAAAAAAUCUGACUUUUGUUUUUAAAACCUAAAGGAAUCUUUUGUUUAUUCAGAAGCGAUCACUAUUUUCCCAAAUUAAACAAUAUAGUAAACAUAAAAGGAAACAGUAACAAACUAGCGAUUUUUUUCUUGGAGAAAAAUAAUAACACAUGACUUUUAUUUUCAAAGUAUUUGUUAAGAAGAGAUCAUUAUUUACACUAAAAGUAAAAAAUAAAAAGGAUGAAAGGAAACUGUAACAAAUAAACAAGAUGUGAUAACGAUUAUCUUAUAAGAUGGGAAAGAUCUCCGUGUUAUAUCUUUGACUGUAAAAAAUGUUUUACGAUAAACGAAUAAUUAGUCCUACUCCUAUUAGAAAUGAGUUUCAAAACCAAUUUCAUAUUGGUUUAUGAUAAUGUAAGAUGACUAUAAAUACAGACGUUGAUCGAUCACAAACCUCAGAGAACAAUUCCCAGAGAACUCCUAAAUCCAAACGCAAUAUAAGACGUAAGAGAAGAUGUAUGAAUACAACGACGAAGAUGGAGGGAUUCAAUUUCAACCCUACGACGAUGAACUCAUCAAUCAAUAUUUAAUCCCCAAGUUGAAAGGUAAACCAUGUAGAGAGAUCACUAUGAAGGAUGUUUACUCAAAGGAGCCAUGGUUGCUGGACCAUCCCAUGGGUUCGUUUUUCAAGAAGAACGAGUGGUACUACUUUGUGACAAGGACUCAACUCUCUAAGAAGAAAAUUGGUUGUGGUAAGAAAGUGAAACGGAAGAUCACCCGAGACGACGAUAGUGGGUCUUGGAGGGCUAAUGCGAAAGAAGAUAUCACGGACAAGGAAACAAAGAAGACCAUUGGGGUAAAGCAAAGCCUAAAUUUUGUUAGAAGCAACGUAAAUAACAAGAAGCAGAAGAGGGAAGACGGUACUUCUUGUGAUGUAUCACGAGACAAUGAGAGCUGGAUUAUGACAGAAUAUAUGCUUCCGGAAGAAAAAGAUAAGUUUCAUGAACUGGUCAUAUGCAAGAUUCAUGUGAUCAAGAAUUCCAAGAAGGAGAAUGAUGAUCAUCAUGAAGCUUGUACUUCUAGUAAUCAUCAUCAUUAUGUGUCUGUUCUAGCUUCUUCUUUCUCUGAUCAGCAGCUGCAACAUCCGAUCAAUGAAGCUCAUCGUCAUGAAGCUUCUACUUAUCAUCAUCAUCCUAUUGAGUUUUAUACCUUGGAGCAGCAACCGAUCAAUAUUGUUUAUCAAUAAACUUUUCUAGCUCCUAUCUUGGAGCAGCAGCCAAUUAA